AUGAAAUCGACUUUAGCGUCAGCAAGUGAAAAUUUAAUCAAUGAAUCCCCCUUGAGCCGUAUCAUGAGAGAUGGAAACGAAUUGCAAUUGGUCAUGGAUAAUCAGCAAUAUAGAUUUCAUGCAGCUUGGUUACGGUUUAGCUGUCAGUGUUCUUCCUGCAGGCAGCAUGGCACUAAUGCAUGUCUCAUUGAAUCACAUACAUUGCCUCAAGAAUGCAAGCUCGCUUCGGCUGAUCUAGAAGAGGACGAUGUUGUAUUACGCUGGCAAGGCGAAGAUGACCAUGUAGGAAGAAUAUCGCGACAAUUUCUACGCGAUCACAGCUAUUCUAAAGAUGCACUCUCUAAAAGAAAUGACCAAAGUAGUGUCAAGACAUUUAUGGCAGAGCUGCCUCGUAUAAAAUAUGAAGAAAUAUACCGUAGUAAAGAGAGCCAACGCAAAUUUUUAAUGAAAUUGUUUGAGUACGGUUGCUGUCUUGUCCAAGAUACACCUAUUAAAGCUGGAGCUAUUCAAGAGAUGUUAGAGCCAAUAGCACCAGUGCAGCCGACCAUCUAUGGAAAGAUAUUUGAUGUAAUGGCAGUACCAAACCCUACUCAUGUCGCAUAUUCAAUGGCACCACUAAUCUUUCAUAUGGACUUACUGUAUUAUGAAUCUCCUCCAGGUAUUCAGGCCUUACACUGCAUCAGAUUUGAUGAAUGUGUAACUGGUGGCGAAUCUAGGAUUCUAGACUCUUUCUUAAUUGCUGAAGAGUUUCGAAGAGAUUUUCCCGAAGAUUUCGAGAUUCUAACACGCAUUCCUGUAGCAUUUCAGAGAGUUCAUCUUGAAAAUGAUAAUCCAGUUGCUAUGGUAUAUCGAAGACCACAUAUAGUUUUAAAUCACAACCAAGAGAUAAUAGCAGUUAACUGGAGUCCAGGGUUUGAAGGCCCUCUCUCAAUAGCUGAAGUAGGAAAAUAUCGCAAGAGAAUUUGUCAUGUUAUAAAUGUGGAUGAGUACGUUGAGCCGUAUUACAGAGCUAGAAGAAAAUUUGCUGACAUUGUUGAGAAUUCCCAAUAUGAGGUAGAACAUCGAUUACAACCUGGUGAAAUGUUGAUGUUUAACAAUAGGCGGAUGAUGCAUGCUCGUCACGAAUUUACUUUAAAUGGUGGAAUAAGACAUUUGCAAGGCAUAUACUUAAAUAUGGAUGUAUUCAGAAGCCAAACUAUUAUUGCUAAUUUAUCAGCUGGGAUUAACGAUAUUCUUCCAAGAAUUGGAAAUCAAUGCUAUUCUUAA